CCCGGCGAGACGCCCCUCCCCCAGUCUGCAGCCUGCCACCGUCCACAAAGCCUUGACCGUCCACGCAGUUACGUCCAACAGUCUCUAGGUCAACGCUAAUUACCUACAGGCAGAUGAACAACUCUGUCUUAUCACAUCUUUUUAGUCUGAAUCAUAAAAGCCGGCACUGGUAGCUGUGUUUUAGGUAGUGCCUUAAUAAAUAUUUUUAUUACUGAAGUCAUAAAUAAUUAGACGCACAAUAUAUUAGAAAAACAGGCUGAAUUCCCCAAAAUUCAAGGCUGUGACUUAAUAUGUUGUUUAUCAAAAUAAUGCAUAUGAAGAAAAGCUUUACAUCCUCAGAUGACGUUUUUUUAUUUUACAUUCUUUCAAAGGAAUUCAACUAUGAAUCAGUCAUUAAAAUUGUUCAUAAUUGAUUUUAUUUUAUUUAGUUUAAAUCCAAAAUAUUUACCCAAAUAUUAGGAAUUUGCAGGAAAGCUUUGUCUCCACAAAGCUUAAACGUUAUGAGCAUCACGGCACGCUAGUGUUUACGUGUAAAUGUGGACGCGUUUAAAACGAUGUCCCUGUAUAAUAGAGAGCACCUCUAGCUGCUCUGCCUGUUGUAAAUCACCACAUAAAGUAUUUAUAAGGCUAAACCUGGGAACUCUGCUGCCGUUAGCUGUUGAAUUAGUGAACUUGGACCGGGAGAGAGGAGGGAGGGGACGAUGAUCGGCCACGAUGGCCCAUCUUCUCCUCCAGGAAUGGAGUCAGGCGCUUCAUUCGCAUCCGAGAUUCAAGAGCGCCACCUUGUGGCCAGCGCGGUCCGCCGUCAGCGCAGCACGGGCCGCUUCACGUUCAACAGCCGGGCGGGAUUUCUGCUAAACUCUGCUUAUUAUGACAUUUAUUUCCAACCAUCAUCCGACUUCUCACGUCUUUUGCGCCUUCUGUCUGUUGAUCCCAAGAGGCGACGCGGGAGGCGGCUCACGUGGGGUUUAUCUGAUGAUCCGCGCUCACGCACGCCGCAUCUACGCGUGAAGCUUCUCGGCCGUGGGCUUCUGUGGCGCAGCCCGCGCGCGGCCCACGGUGCGUGGCCCACGGUGCGUGGCCCACGGUGCGUGGCCCACGGUGCGUGGCCCACGGUGCGUGGCCCACGGUGCGUGGCGGUCAGCGGUACAGUAGAGUGAGCGUCGCGACACGGUUUUUCCUCCCGCUGCUUCGACUCGGGCUGAGGCCGGCGAGCACAGCCGCGGCGAUGUCUCACACAUUCUGCCGUCGGCCGACCUCCCUCACACACGGACCACCUCCCACCCACGCGUGUGCGCACUACUCUGUAGGAACCCCGUAAACACACAUGUGACGCGGGACGGAGAGACGCGCGUGACUCACGCGCACCUGUUAACCCGCUUUCUGUUGAGGGAAAACUCUGGUCACACGAGUCGUGUAGAAGUUGUGAAGGUGCGCCGGGUCGCACAUCACACCCGAACACGGCGCCGCUUGGACAGAACGUCAAACUGCUGGUUUCUCUUGCGUGCGUGCGUGCGUGCGUGCGUGUGUGCGUGAGUGGCUGUUUCCAGCCGCGCCAUCACUUUCCAUCGCCACCAGUCUUCCCCCUCUUUUUCACCUCACGUAUCUGUUCGAUCUCCUCGCUCGCUCUCUCCCACUCUCUAACCUCUUGCGUGUCCCCCUUUCUCUCUCUCUCUCUCUUUCUCUUGUCUUUUAUUUUUCUCUCCUCUAUGUCGGUUCCUACUCUUUUGAGGCUUACUUCCUUUUCGUUGCAGGAUGUGGGGAGGAGGUGGGGCUUGGGGGUGUGGACUGUCAUGUGGUACAGAACAAGCGAGAGGGUAAGAGUGAUUCUCUGAACCAUAUGAUUGAAUACACCCCUCCUUUUGGUUAGAGACAGACUGAGAGAGAGAGAGAGAGAGAGAGAAAGCGGGAGAGAGGGGUAGUUCUUCUUUACGUAGCGACACACACUCUCUCACACACAGAUAUGACCAAGACAGCAGCAAUAGCAGCGAAGGACUUCUCCAGUAUGUGGUUGCCAGAUAUCAGGAUGUCAAAGCCAGUGGAGGUGGAGAAAGUAGGGGCCGACUCUCCGCUGGACGGCACAGAUUCAGAGCGGAAUGGGCCUGAACCAAAUCACCAGAGUAAGAUGGAGGAGUGUGGUGAGAUGUCCCCGGCCCUUCCUUCCCCCCACGGCCCGUCCCCCUCGCAGAACGCCCUGCAACACACACAGCUGAUGCUGACCGGCUCCCAGCUAGCAGGGCUCACGGCCCUGUUGCCGGCGCAGCAGCAGCUGCUGCUGCAGCAGGCGCAGGCGCAGCUCCUGGCUGCUGCCGUGCAGCAGUCCAGCGCGGCCCACGCCGCUCACGCUGCCCACGCAGCCGCCCAGGCCAAUCAGCAAGCUCAGGCAGCCGCCGCCGCCGCCGCGGCCAAUCAGCAGGCCCAGCAGCAGCAGCAGCAGCAGCAGGCGGGACAGACGGGUCAGCAGGCCCAGUCGCAGACGCAGGCGCAGGCGCAGACGCAGGGGCAAAACCUGCAGGAGCAGACGGGCCAGAGCGUCCCCGCCCCCCCUCCUCCACCCCAGCUCACCCUCUCUCAGCCAAUCCAGCUCACCGCCCAGGACAUCCAGCAGUUGCUUCAGCUUCAGCAGUUGGUGUUGGUGCCGGGUCACCCGCUCCAGUCUCCAGCCCAGUUCCUCCUCCCACAGGCACAGCAAGGCCAGCAAGGACUCCUAUCGACACCAAAUCUUAUUCCGCUACCUCAGCAAAAUCAAGGGAGCCUGCUGUCUGCUCCAACCAGAAUGGGGCUCCAAGCACAGGUGAGAGGAAACUUCACUCCUCUCAGUGGAAAAGGAAGAACCAGUCACUUCAGCCGUGAGACCGGUUUUAUCUCACGCACGUCUUUCUCGCUUUCUCUCACCCUCGCUGCUGUUGCGUCGCUGCAGCGCGACAAGAGUGUGGAGGUGAGCGGCGGCGGAGGUGUGACCGCGAUGCCGUCGGUGACCUCUCACCCCGAGGAGCCCAGCGACCUGGAGGAGCUGGAGCAGUUCGCCCGCACUUUCAAGCAGAGACGCAUCAAACUGGGCUUCACGCAGGGAGACGUCGGCCUGGCCAUGGGGAAGCUGUACGGCAACGACUUCAGCCAGACGACCAUCUCCCGCUUCGAGGCCCUCAAUCUGAGCUUUAAGAACAUGUGCAAGCUGAAGCCGCUGUUGGAGAAGUGGCUGAACGAUGCAGAAACCAUGUCCAUAGACAGCACCCUGCCCAGCCCCAGCUCUCUGUCCUCUCCGUCUCUGGGCUUCGAGGGAAUCCCCGGCCGCCGCAGGAAGAAGAGAACCAGCAUUGAGACGAAUGUACGCGUGGCCCUCGAGCGCGCAUUCCUGACGAACCAGAAGCCUACCUCAGAGGAGAUCCUGCUGAUCGCCGAGCAGCUCAACAUGGAGAAGGAGGUGAUCCGAGUCUGGUUCUGCAACCGCCGGCAGAAAGAGAAGCGCAUCAACCCCAGCAGUGCCACCCCCCCCCUGCCCAGCCAGCCCCCUUCUGCCCCGCCAACGCACAAGCCGCCCUGUUACAGCCCUCACAUGAUGUCGAACCAGCUGUCGCAGGCCGUGACCAGUCUCAGCAGCACAACAGUGACGACCAUGUCCUCCGCCUGCCCCCUGACCUCCAGCCUCACCUCGACUCACCCCUCGCUCAGCUCCACUCACCCGUCUCUCAGUUCCGCGCCCUCCCCGGCGACCCCCCCCCCACGCAGCACGGCGAGCCCGGCCACUCCAGCCGCCCCCAGCCACAGCACACUGAACCUUAACACAGGCUUAUGGCGCAUGGGCAAAAAGAACGGUGACAUGUCCAACUACAUCACCGACUUUGCUGCGAACUUGAGGAACACUGUGAUGGGAGUAAACACAGGGAUGAACCAAGCCCUCCUCGGUAACAAUCCCCUGGCCACUAUCCAAGCCCUAGCAGCCAGUGGUGGCCAGCUGCCUCUUUCCAGUCUUGAGGGAGGCAGUAAGGUGAUGCUGGGGGCCUCCGGGGGCCAAGGAGGGGGCCUCCCUUCCUCCCUCUUCCUCAACCACCCCGCUCUCCUCCACAUGAGCCAGAACCCCGGCGCUGGCCUGGUCAGCGCCGCCGUAGCCAAAGCCUCCCAGCCCCCCCCCUUCCCCCCGGCCGGCAGCAUCAGCCCCACGCCCUGCUCCCCCUCCCCCUGCUCCAGCCCCGCCUCCUCCUGCUCCUCCAGCGAGAUGGCACACAGCCCGCCGUCCCUGGGCGGCUCCAAGAUCGAGUGACCGCGCCACGGGCCAAUCAGAGAGGAGGAGGGAGGAGGAACCGAGAACCUCGUCUUUCACACCAAAGCUAUCUCUUUCCCUCUCAUGCGCUCUUCUUCCAAGUAUUUUUUUUUCACAAUGGCUCUCUCCUUCUUUCUCUCUCAUUCUUUCGAUGCCAAAAAUACACAGAAUGAAAGAGGAGAGACGGAUGGAGAGAAGUGAAAGAGGGGAGGAGGGAGAAAAGGGAAGAUUGAAACCAAAAAUCUUUAUCUAUCCAAACAGAUGGAGAGGAGGCGACGUGGGACCUUUUUGUCAAUAACGUCUACUGUUGACAUGGCGCCUCUCCACUCUUUCUCUCUGAAGGAAAACAAACCAAUGACUCUUUGACAAAGAGACGGAGGAGACGGCAGAGAUGCCUGUCGAAGUGCAUAAACCAAAAAUGACAAACGAUAACGUUACUGUGUGACAAAAGGAAGGACACAAAAAAAAAACAACAACAACAACAAAAGCAACGGAGAGGAGGACCGUGCUCACGUUUUCCUUUUUCUAGUUUUAGUUACUUCAAAACGCUGCGGGUCUGAAUAAAGAGGAGCAGGGAGGAGAAGUUUAAACCAAAAAUUAACCUGAAGGGAGGAGACGGCGGAGGAACACACAGUGACAAAAAAAGACGACAACCAUACCAAAAUCCCAAAUACCAAAAACCAAAAAUACGGAGAGAAAAGCUUUAUUCAAAGGACGUGUAAAUACUGAAGCUGUCCAGGACCAGGACUCUAUUGCUACACACACACACACACACACACACACACACACACACACACACACACACACACACACACACACACACACACACACACACUCGCAUUGAGCCAUUGACUCAUCUCAUCUCCGUCAGCUCGUGGGUCACUUGCAGGUUUUCAUGCUAGAUAUUUUUAAUAAUUUUGUAAGAUUGUCAGACGUGUGGAUCAUUGCUGUACCGUGAUGAGUUUAGUCUCAUCACCUACCUCUGGUUCUAAGAGCAAAUCAUUGCUUCAUUGGCUUGAAUCUCACUGACAAGCGCUUGCUGUCCAGUUUUCCGCUUCUUUACAUUUUGGGGUUCGUUUUAUUUUAUUAUUAUUUAUUAGCGUCCUGUUAAAGUCCAGCUCCCUAUUUAUUGUUGCAGCUUUCGUAGUGGUAGCGUUCGGAGCCUGAAUCAUCAUCGCUGUCAUCAUGUUCAUCAUACAUGUUUGUGUCAUUGUGCAUUUUGUUCUUGGUUGUUUUCUGCAGGAACAGAGACGACAGAGCUGAAACGAGGCUCGGUCCUCGCCAGGUCAGGCAUUAGAGGGUACCAGAUGAUUUAACAAGGCCUAAACAUGAGCUCUUAAUAAUCAGAACCGGCCUCUCCUCACAUUUCAAAACAACCCGUUUCUCAGCGAGUCUAAAUGAAUACGCCCUGGAAACGUCACACCGAUAACGACGUUUGUUAGGGAGAGUAUGAAAUAGGGCUGUGAUUGCAGAUCUGAAGCCUAAAUAAGUCAAUAAAGCCAAGUUUAGUCACAGCCUGGGUCGUUCCUGCCUCGUCCAUCAGCGUAGACGCCCCUCACUUGUCUGUCUAGACGUGUUUACUGAUAUUUGUCUGUUUUCCAUCAUCACUCCAUCAGUCACGUUUCGUUUUUCACCUCGCACUGACAUUAAUUUUCAAAUGGAAACCAAAGCAUUCUGAAGGCUCGUCUCGUCCCGAGGAGCCUCCGCCGAGACGUGUGAACACAAUAACGACACCGAGGGGCCGGGGUGCGGCGCAGAACCGGACACUGCCACCGGAAGCCCCCCAGGUGUGAAGCCCUCCACCCCCACCCGCCCACAGAGCCCACACGGGGGAAGCUUUAUUUAGGAAACUGCUCCUUUACUCCCAACCCCCAGGACGAGGGGCGCGGUGGGAGGGAGGGAGGGACUCACUUUUGUAAGAGGAUACCAAAAAUAAACCCAAAACCAAAAACCAACACAACCCAAGGAAUGACAGAAGCAAACCAAAAAGAACCCAAACCAAAUGUGGCCGGGGGGAGGAGGGGGGGGGACAAGGUGAGGGAGUGAAGCCUGUCUGUGUGUCUGUGUGUCUGUCUGUCUGCUUCGGGGCCUGCGUAGCACGUAUGAAGGACAGGUGAGACAGGCAGACAGACAGGAGAGCAGCAGGGCAGACGCCUCCUCGCCUCCCCCGCCUCCCUCCCUCCCUCCCCCCAGCUCAGCUCUCUGGUCCUGGAUGGAGCUAAACGCAAAUGACCUCACUGAACUGAAAUCUUCUAAAGAUCUGUUUUUAUUUUUCUGUUCUUGGUUCCGAUGGUUUUAUCUCUGCUGUGUCUCUUGAUGCCGUUUUAUGUACUGUACUUUAGUGCUUACUACUCAUUUGGAAUAACGUACUCGCUUACUACAAGAGCUCCUUAUUUAUUUCAUUUUGGUUUUUUGUAGCUGUGCUAGAGAUUUUUAUCAGGUGGCUGGAAAAAAUACUGUGAAAAUUAGCUUCCAGAUUUUUAUUAGAUAAAGAAACAGACUGUCUUGGCAGAAAAAAAGACAACACAAAAAAGCCAAAAACAGAGUUGAAUAGCAAAACCAAACCAAAUGCUGAACUAAGCAAAAGGCAGCGGAAAGGGACGGGUUCACGUUAACACAAGGCUGAGGUGAAUCAGCGCAUUCGUCUGUAUGUGAGUGUGAAUCGUAUUUAAAAGAACCCAAACGAAUGGGGAUCCUGAUGGAACGCACACUACAUGCAGAACGAUGCGCCUCGGUCACGCUGGCAGUCUGAGAGCGGGACGUAAAACUAUCCAAAGAUUAUCUGACUUCAUCCACAGCAGAAGAAACACACACACACUCACACACACACACACACACACACACACACACACACACACACACACACACAGUGGACACGCGAAUCGUUUCACAAACCAAACUUUAGAUGUGGGGCCUCGAAGGUGAAACCUUUUCUCCACGUUGACUCUUAGACGGAAUGUAUCUGUUAGUGCUUCUAUAGAUUUUGUAGAAAAAAGAUCUAUGUUCUACUGCUUACUUAUCGCUAAUGUAUGAAAAAGAAAAAAACUUAACAAAAAAGACUUUGAGAAAAAAAAGAUCCUAAAAACAUUGAUGAUAAUAACUUGAUUUUAGACCAAAAACUUUAACUAUCUCUCUUUGGCCUUUUCAUUUUUCCUUAUUAAUGAUGAGUUAGACUUUUGAUUGUACUAUUUAUUCAGGGUAGGGUUGAUUUAUUUGCUUGUUAUGUUUUUUCUCUUGCUAUUUAUUGGUUAAUUUAUUCCUAGAGGUGCUUUUUUCACAUUCUUGGAUGUAUUUGUGACAGACUUUUUUGCCCCCUGCUCAAGCUCUUUCUUACUUCUUUAAACCAAAUAAUACCUGAAAUGCAACCACGGGUCCUUUAGGGACUUAAUAAGUGAAUAUGGCCGAUGGCGCGGUCAGCCAUGAACGUAUUCUCGUCUUCUCUUAAAGGGGAGAGGAAGCUCACAGACGUGAGAGGCAGCACUGUGUGGGACACGCUGAGAAACGAGUUCGGUUUGAGUUACCGGAGACACGGACACAGUGAAACAGGCCUAAAUAUAUGAGAUGUGCUAAUUGAAGCACGAGCUGUUCUCUGAGACACGGUGCUGCCUCUGAUCUCUAUAUUUUCUCCACGGGGAGAACACACUGAAAGCUUUACAGCUACACAACCAAAAACAGAAGAAAAGAUCAACUGGGGCUCAAGUUUUUUACACAAUAGAUUAGGAAGAAGGAGGCGAGAGAGACGGAGGGUGAGUUCCACCCGUGAAUUGCCCUCAGACGUUUUCAGCUUUCUUUACGUUUCAGUUCAAUUCUUCUCCAUCCGCUGUAGGAUGUAAAAGAGAGAUAGUUCAUCAUAUACCUCAUAUUCUUUGAUGAUAAACCAAAUAGAUGAAUGCUUUAAAAAUGCUGAGUUCAAGUGGGGACCAGUGUUAAGGUGCGGGCGCGCGCGCGUGUGUGUGUGUGAUGGUGUGAUUGGGAGCAGACGCAGGUCAAAGGUCAAGAGAUGGGGCAUUGAUCUGGGAUGUAACAGAUCAUGGAGCAGAUCAAAGAUUCGCUCCAUGGGAUUCAGAAGGUGCCAUUUAAGGUUGGGCUGAUGCUGUGGUCUGCUCACACACACACACACACACUCACACACUCACACACACACACACACACACACCGUCGCCCUGGAAAACACCCCCUUCUCUGUGUUGAGCUUUGAACACAGUCCUCUCCUCAUAUCUGACCCUCGCUGCUUCCUCCCUGUCAAAUGUGGACCGUGAGCUUAGCGCUGCUCCUCUGCAGACGUCCGGGAUCAAAGCUUUGGUCUGUUUUCGGCUUUAAACAGCUUCUGGGUUUGUGUCCCAGAGCAACUUUAUCAGCGUUGCCCCCGAGCCCUCUCUCACCUUUCUUUAUGGCCUGAUGAGGCUUCACAUUGGCCGCUCCGCGUCCACGUCAAUCAGGGAGCGCCGCGGGGCGGGCGAUCAGGGAAGGACUGAGGCCGAGGUUGCUAGGUGACACAUCCAGACACGGGCCGCGCGCUGAGGAGGCGGGAGGUGGAAGAAGAGCGCGCGUGAUUGGACGUUGCCAUGAGUCGCUGCUCUGCUCGCGGGGAAGCGGCGCCGCGCGUCCCUGCGCGUCUCAGGGUUCGAGGGACCGUGUGCAAAGCGCAGGCCUCUGCGGCGGGGAUACCCCCUUAGCGAAUGAUACCAAAGUCAAUGCCCCGCUGCAGAACCCGGCCGGAACCACACACUUCCUCAAGUCCUGACGGCCGCUUGGCCGUUCGGCAGCUCCAGGCAAAACCAGCAGGCCGUUAGCUUAGCUCCGUUUACUACUAUUAUGGGUGCUGGCAAUGAUCACAGUCAGCUUUUAACACUGCAGCUCCACUCACUGGCCACUGGGAUCACUGGCAGCUCAGCUUGGUCCUGAACAGCACCAGUGAUGUGCAGACUCUACUAUUUGUGACAUUUGUGCCUUUUGACUGAACUUUUUCACUUCAUAACCAAAAUCUAAUUGGAGGCGUAGGCCCCUCAGGCCCAGGACAGUUGGGCCUCGUGUUUAGGCCAUAGGCUUCUCCUCCAACUCUUGGAAAGGGGAUGAAACGCUGGAACGUGACUGACAUCAUGUCAACACGAGCAGCUGGAGCGCGAGAAGCCGCAGCGAGCAGAGCAACGCGGCAACAAAGGCGCCGCUUCUUCCUCCGCCCACUCGCGUCCACGCGCUCGCACGCUUCUUCCUCCUCUUCUUCAUCCUCCUCUCUCUCUCUCUCUCUCUCUUCGACAAUACAGCUUUAGUCCAAAGGUUUUCCAGCAACACAGCAAAGCAAGUCAGAUGUUAAAGAAUAAAACCAAAGAGCUCUAACUUGACUUUCUCAUCGACGCAGACACUUCCACUGCAUCCUCACCUCUCUCCAUCAUCCGCCGCCCGCUCUCCUUCACUCCUCCGUCACCUAGCGAGUCGGUCUUUGAAGCGUUAACCUCAGCUGUCCAAAGGGAAAUGAUGAUACUGAUGAUAAUUAUGAUGAUGAUGAUGAUGAAAUGUAUAUUUUUAAGUAUUUGUCAUUGGAAAAAUAAUCUUAAGCUUCUCAUAAUUAUGAUGAUCAUGAUGAUGAUGAUGACGAUGAUGAUGAAGUUUCUCUUGGUAUCUUUGUAGCUGUUCUGAUCCUUCUUGAGUUCUUGUCCUUUCUGCUCGUGCUGCCAGAGUACUACUUAACUCCCAUCAUCCCCCUCCCUGCCUCCUUUUUAUUUGUCCACCCUGAUGUUUGCUCCCAACGUCUACCUGUCAGACCUUUACCCCCGCGAGCGCGUGCGAGAAAGUGAGCUGUCAAACGUUGGCGAGGGGAAGUUUGGGGUUCUUGUUAUCUGCUGCUGAAGAUGGAAUGGUGUGUGUGUGUGUGUGUGUGUGUGUGUGUGUGUGUGUGUGUGUGUGUGUGUGUGUGUGUGUGUGUGUGUGUGUGUCUGUGUCUGUGUCUGUGUGUGUGUGUGUGUGUGUGUGUGUGCGUGUGCGUGUGUGUGCGUGUGUGUGUGUGUGUGUGUGGCCGGGAGUUACAGGAAGACAUAAAGGGUGUGGCUGCAGCAAUUUGCAAAAAAGACAAAAAGAUUCCUUGUUCUGCGGACAACAAGUCCUCGCACAUGAUCCGCACUGUCAACUGUAACCUGCUGUUUGCCAACUUCCUAGUUGCUUUAAUUCCCCUUGUCACAACAGUCAGCGUGCGUGCGUGUGUGUGUGUGUGUGUGUGUGUGUGUGUGUGUGUGUGUGUCUGCAGGUACGGUCGCAUUGCCAUCAAUCCCCUCUUUCUGUCUUACAUCAUGUGAGCAGUCUCAUCCUGCCUUCUUCCCUUUAACCCCCCCCCCCCCCCCCCCCCCCCCCCCCCUUUGUGGUAGCAACUUAGCCUUUUAGUGUAUUUAUCUUGAAAACCAAAAAAAGGAGAAAAAUUACUCUGCUUGUUCAUUGUACAGUGUUGUUCAUUUUAAGUCAUUUUUGUAACUGAAAGUGUUUCAUUCAUCCAAAUAAAACAGGAGACAAAAACUGUACAGAUGUUA